AUGGUAUUUCCUUGCUAUCCAAGCCCUGUCGAUAAUCCAACACCUACCCCGUAUGAGACGACGAGUUUUGUUCUAGGUGUUAUCACAUUGGCCUCGCCCUCUUGUCGCUUUGCCGCCAAAAGACAUUUCGGAGGCUACGCUUCCUGCUCUCCACUCCAUAUGACUUUGAAUAUGGCAAUGUGCAGUACUGUCUCUGAGUCUAGCUCCUCUGGAUCUCUGGAGUUCCGCAUGUACGCAUCAAACCAUGCAACUACAGCUUGGUCUAAUCACCCUGGCGAGAUGCUCACUGCACAAGAAGUCCAAAAGGGCUUCAUCCGACACCAAGAGUCUUGGUUAACGCCCACCGAGGCCCGCUCGGAGCAUCACGCCUGGAUACAGAAGAGUACCAUGGAAUAG